AUGCAAAUAGUGCCUUUUGAUGGUGCAAUCAUGGUACCUUAUCAAAAUGAAACAAGCAAUUCGCUGGAUUACGCUCAACAUGCAACGCAAGUAUCAAAUACUGAAGUAACACCUAUCGGCCCUUCGAAUCGGAAUACAACGGAAAACAAUCUGCGUGAACAUGAUCAAUCAGCAGCACAAACACAACAAGCAUACGGAACAUCGAUCGAGCCGAGACAUUCAAAUGAUGAAAGUCAAGAAAAUAUCGAAGGCCUACAAGCGGUUCAGAAUGAAUCUGAGUACCAAACACUUGUUCCUAUUGAGAAUGAACCAACUUUUCUUAACAAUUUCAACCCACGAGAUUCUCUGCUAAGACAAUCCUGUUCAGUUGACGAAAAUGCUCAGCUUCGAAACAGAAACGACUUCGAUAAAAUGUUUAAUCCACCAUGUAGAAAAGGAUCUGUUACAGACGAUGAAAAUCAUUACCAGACAACUGCGACGAAACGAACAAAAUUCUCCCCACCAACGGACAAUGGUUGUCUUACCACGAGCCCAACAGAUAAUUUUGAUUAA